UACGAUUGACAAAGAUAUAUUGACAAUAAUUUAAUGCUCUAUCUAACGUAAUUUAUUUUUGCUAAACAUUUUUAAAUAUACAAAAUAAGUCAGAAAGUACAACAUGUUGUCGGCUGCUAAGGUACGAAUUCAUGGAAUGCAAGAUGACAAUUGGCUGAUAAAAGAUAAAAUUAAUCAAUAUCGAGGCCUGAUAAAACUAUAUGAAAGGGAUCGCAAGAUCCAUGAGGGGGACCUGGCGAAGCAGAAGAAGCGGUACAGCCGCGACAUCCGACAGAUGCGCAAGGAGAUCGUGACGAAGCGCGGCGAGCUCGGCGUGGCGGUGUACGGCGACAAGCAGUUCCUGCGCAACGCCUUCCAGGAGCACCGCCGGCUGCAGCUCACCUACAUGAACAGCCAAGCUGAUAAAGUUGUAGAGAGUAUACACCAAGAAAACUUCAACAAGAGGAAACAACUUGACAGAAUUAGAUAUACUAAAAAGAAGAAAAUGGAAAAGUUUCGUCUAACGCAGCUCCAGUCAGCGGAAUUACGUGAUCGGCUGUUGUACGAAGUUGGCGGGAAGCUACCCUCGGAGGUUAAAGAGCAAGCGGUGGCCAAUUAUGUACAACGCGCCAACAUUAAAAAGAACGCAGCUCUCGCAAUCAAAGUCAUGUACAAGAAAAUCCUAGAUAUUCUUAAAAAGGACUCGUCAUACUUCACCGUAGUGUUGGAAGCCUUGAAGCUAGACUGCCGCACUCAGGGCAAGUGCCUGAUGGGCGCGACCGAGAUGGGGCAGCUCGCCAUGGAGUACCUCGACGACCGCAAGUACGAGUAUAACAAGCUGGAGAAAGAAAUCAAAGCCAACAUGAAGGAGAGGCAGAGGACCCUCAAACUAGUCCGACGAGAAGUCGCCUAUUUGACUGACUCAUUCCCAAAGUUGAUACGGAAGGAGGAAGCUACUAACUUGGACGAGUUGUAUGAGGACGAUGACGCUACGAGCCACCACUCCGUGCACUGGGAGCUGGAAGAAGUCAUGGGCAUCUGCAAGCGUCUGCAGAAAGCAACCCUCGUGUCGUCCUUUGACCAGAUACUAUUAAGGCUAAAGGAGCAAACGUAUCAAACGGAACGGCUAAUGAUGCAGCUGCGUCUGAACAGCAUGAAGCGCAACGCUCUACUCGAGAACCGCAAGCACGGCACCCUCAUGCUCGACAUGCUGAAGAACGUCGGCCAGGAGAGCACUAAGCUAUACCUGGAAGAGAAAAAUCUUCUAAAGGCUCAGUUAGAUGCAGAAGAACGCGAAGAGACCGCGCUCAGCCGCUCCUUGAACGAGAAAGGGCAGCUCAUUAUUAAGAUGAAGACAUCCCUUCAACAGAUCAAUCAACUGCUGUCCAGCGUCGGUGCCACGAACGCGCCGCGGCCGUUUGGAAGCGUGCCGCCGGCCGCCCAGUAUCUUGGCGACGAGUAUAUACAGCCUGUGGCCGAGGUGGAGGCAGACUUCGACAAGCUGCUGGCGACGGCGAAGCAGAAGAUCGGCGUGCUGGUGGGCGCGGUGGCCAAGAUGGAGGUGUCGCCCGAGGUCCGGCUGGCGGCCAACCUCUUCUACCACAACAUCCUGGCGCGCUUCAUGCGCGACAAUUACAAGGAGGAGGUGCUCGCCGAAGGAGGACUGAUCGAGUUCGAAAUGGAGGACGCCAAUGUGCCAGGACACGCCACCAUCAAACUGCGCAGCAAGCAGCUGAUCGAGGCGCAGGUCAGCGAGUUCGACGUCCCCGACACCAAGAAGUGAACACUGCAACUACCAAGCACAUUAAUGACAAUUUUAAAUUCAUAUAUUUUAAUAGCCUAUUAAUAUCCUUAUUUUAGUGUCACUUCGUAAAUCCGACGCUCUAAGAUUUAACUAGCCAAAUUCAUUACUGUUAACCCUUUUCCAGGCCGCACCAAUCUACAAGGUAUUUCCGAAAAAUCCAAAUAUAUUCCAAUUAAUCCAGCUUUGUUGAUCCAUUUGAAGACAAGUCAAAUUUCCCGAAAGUGCAAUCUAAUUUGAAUCUUAAAUCGGAAUGCUAAAGUUGAUAUUCUAAUAGUGAUGCGUAAGUGGGCGAUAAAUCGUACCAUGCUUGGAAAAGGGUUAAGACGAUGUGGACAUUACCCGACCUGAAAAAGACCAACUUCGAUAGUCAAAUUAAAUUGAUGCAAAACUCGAUUUUUAAUCAAAAGUCCAUUCUAUUCUCUUCUAUUUCUUCGCUGUCAGGGACAUCUGAAGGAUAAUAGAACAAGCACCAUUUAGUGUAUAAGUAUUAGAGAAAUAAGUACCUAAGCUUAGGUAGGUACUUAUUUUUCUAUGAUUUAGGGGACUUUUUUCUAUUAUUAUUACUGUCAAAUUGUCAGUCACAUAUUAUGGUCAUUCAUUUGCGCGACUACAUAACAUGUGCCCUUGUA